AUGCCGGCCUCCAAGGCUCAAGAGCCACGAUUCAAGACCAUCCAAAAAUUGAAGCUCGACUACGCUCCGGUCAGCAUCACCCAAUAUGAGUCCACUCGUACUGGCAUGCGAAUUGCAGUCGUCGACAAGGCAGGUCCAAAAGUCGAAGGCGAAUUCGCUCUCGCCACUGAGAUCAACGACAACAGUGGUUCGCCUCACACUCUCGAGCAUUUGGUUUUCAUGGGCUCGAAAAGCUACAAAUAUACCGGACUUCUGGACAGACUCUCAUCUCGAGCAUUCUCAACAACAAAUGCGGGCACUGCCACGGACUACACUUCAUACUCGUUGAAGACCGCUGGCUGGGAAGGGUUCGCACAGAUCUUGCCUGUCUACCUCGAACACAUUGUGGUCCCCACCUUAACAGAUGCAGCUUGCUAUACUGAAGUUCACCACGUCAAUGGCACCGGUCACGAUGCGGGUGUCGUCUACUCGGAAAUGCAAGGCCGAGAAAACACCUCCGGAGAUCUCAUGGAACUUCAUCGCAGAAUUCUGAUGUACCCAGAAGGCAACGGAUUUCGCUCCGAGACUGGUGGAAUGACAAAGGAAUUGCGAGUCUUGACGGCGGAUCGCAUCCGUGCAUACCACAAGGAGAUGUAUCAGCCAAAGAAUCUUCGAGUGAUCGUGACGGGAGAGAUUGAUCAUCGGGAGCUGCUGCAGAUACUGGAUGACUUCGAGUCUACGAUUGUGGAUGAUGUCCCGACUCUGGACGCUCCAUUUCGGAGGCCAUGGGUAGAGUCAAAGCCUACACCGCGAUUGAAUGAGACCAAGGUCGAUACGAUACAAUUUCCCGAAGACGACGAGACAAUGGGAGAAGUUACCGUGGGUUAUCUCGGACCAUCAUGCGACGAUGCGCUCGGUGUGGCUGCGGUAUCAGUGCUUCUGGCAUAUCUUUGCGGCGGUCCAAUCAGUGUACUAGAAAACACUCUAGUCGAGCGAGAGAAUCUUUGCAGCGGCAUCUACUACGAAAUGGAGACAAGACCGGACGUUGCCAUUUGGUUCGACAUGACGGCGAUCGAGACACCGAAGUUGAGAAAGGUAUACGAACGGUUGAUCGCAUUAUUCAAGGAGAUCGUGACAAAGCCUCUCGACUUGACCUACAUGCACGAUUGUCUCAAACGCGAGAGGCGGCAGAUCAAGGAGCGGGCUGAGCAGUCCGAAGACUUCUUCACUCAGCCACUUAUCGAAGACCACUGCUUCAGUCAUCGAGAUGGAAGAAACCUCAAGGAUCUCGAGAGCCUCAAUGAACUUGAUAUACUCGAGAGCUGGUCCGAAGCACAAUGGAAAGAGGUCAUCUCCAAGGUAUUCGUGGACAAUCACCACGUUUCCGUUCUUGGCGAGCCAUCAAAAGCUCUCAACAAGAAACUCGCGGAUGAUGAGAAAGCUCGUGUGAAGGCUCAGCAGGACCGUCUGGGCGAGGACGGCUUGAAGAAGCUCUCAGAGGAGCUAGAGAAGGCAAGCGCUGAGAACCACAAGACGAUCCCGGACUCCCUCUUCGACGAAUUUCCCGUCCCUAGCACGGAAUCAGUCAACUUCAUUUCCACCUUGACCGCUCGAGCAGGACAUGCACGGAAGAUGGGCGAGCUGAAAAAUGAUGCACAACAGAUCAUCGACAAAGCAGACGACGGUUCUCCACUGUUCAUUCACUUCGAGCAUAUCCCGUCCAACUUCGUGCGAAUCAAGCUGUACUUUGGCACAACCUCGCUGCCUGACGAGCUCAGACCCGUCCUUGCAUUGUACCUCACCAACCUGUUCACCACACCAGUCCAGCGUGAUGGCAAACGCAUCGAAUUCGAGGAUCUCGUUUCGGAGCUUGAAAACGACACCACUUCAUACUGGAUCAGCUCUUCAUACGGCAACCAACAAAUGCUCGGACUCUGCGUCAUGACUGAGCCAGAAUCAUACGAAAGCGUGAUUGCAAAAAUCCGCACGGUACUCUUCGACGCCAUCCACGAUCCCGUCAGGCUGCACGCCUCGCUCACCAAACUCCUCGCCGACAUUCCCGGCGAAAAGCGCGAUGGCAGCUCCAUGGCCUGGGCCGUCAACUCGAUGAUUUCCUCUAAUCGCACUGCCAACCGCCGCGCAAUGAACACUCUCACCAAAACCAUCUACCUCAAGCGCCUGCGCAAACUCCUCAAACAUGAUCCAUCAACGGUCAUCUCCAAACUCCAAACCGUCUGCUCCACCCUCCAUCGCCCAGAGAACUUCCGCGCCUACGUCGCCGCCGACCUCUCCAAACUUCCCUCACCAGUCACCGCCUGGAACGCCCUCACCCACUCCCUCGACGUCUCCCAACCUCUUCAACCACUCGACGCACUUAAACCCACCAUCUCUCUCAUCGGCCUGAAGCCCGGCUCAGCCGCCUACAUCAUCCCCAUCCCGGCCAUCGACUCCUCCUUCGCCGUCCUGACCGCCCUCGGCCCAGACACCUACACGCACUCGGACCUUCCCGCUCUACUCGUCGCAAACGCCUACCUCCGCGCCGUCGAAGGACCUCUCUGGGUCGCCAUCCGCGGCACAGGACUCGCGUACGGCGCCACAAUUCGCCGCUCGACGGACUUGGGCAAGAUAUAUUUCUCCAUCGAGCGCAGUCCGGAUGCGUAUAAAGCUUUCGUAGCCGGCAGGACGGAAGUGGAAGGGUACGCGAACGGAUCGAAAGAGUUGAAGAAACUCGCGCUCGAGUCGGCGGUGGGAGAAAUCGUCUUCGAGAUGGCGGACGAAGCGGCUACGAUGGGAGCCGCUGCGGAUGAGAGUUUCACGGCGCAGGUGAUGCACGGUACGAGUAAGGAGUAUGCGAAGGAGAUGUUGGUGAAGAUUGGGAAGGUGACGCCUGAGGAGGUGCAAGGUGCGAUUCGAAAGUGGUUGGUGCCGUUGUUUCGGCCGGAGACGGCGAAUUUGGUGGUUACUUGUUCGAAGAUUAUGGAGGAGGUGAUGGUGGAGAAGUUUAAAGGAGAGGGGUUCGAGGUGCAGAGCAAGGCGUUGGAGGAUUUCGAGGAUGAUUAUGGGUUGGAAGAGGUGGAGGGCGAGGAGGACGAGGAUGAGGAUGAGGAUAGUGAGGAGGACGAUGAUGAGGAUGACAGUGAAGAUGACGAGGAUGAGGAGAUGAAGGACUAG